AUGCUUACCCACAAUAGACACAUUCUGCAAGAAAAAGUCGUACCCAACUUCAUUCCGAAUGACACUCUCCUCGCUGGCGGCGAAGGCGAGCCAGCUGCUGAACAGCAAGGAAGCCCAUCUGCAGCACCUCGAUACUUUACUGAAGAUGGUACCGUGGUACCGAGCAUGAUCUUGGUGACCGGACCAAACUUCUCGGGCAAAAGCGUCUACCUCAAGCAAGUAGCCAUCAUCGUCUUCAUGGCCCAUGUUGGAAGCUUUGUGCCAGCGACAAAAGCGGAGAUAGGCCUUACAGACAAAAUCAUGACACGAGUGGCAACUCGAGAGAGUGUAUCGAGGAAUCAAAGUGCAUUCAUGAUCGACUUGCAGCAGAUAUCGGUGGCACUAAAUCUGGCCACCAACAGGAGCUUGCUGAUCAUCGAUGAGUUUGGCAAGGGUACUGAUUCGCAUGAUGGUGCAGGACUGGCUGCCGGUGUAUUUAACCAUCUGCUCGAAAGAGGAGACCAAUGUCCAAAAGUCAUUAGCGCCACACACUUCCAUGGUACACCUGCAGAGAUCAUCUAUNAGAUAUUCGAGAGCGGCUUCCUACUUCCUCAUGAGCGUCUCGCUUUCGGCCAUUUCGAAGUCCGUGUAGAUCCGCAGUCACAGCAGAUUGAUGAGCAGUUGACCUACCUCUACAAGCAACAAGGACGCAGCAACAACAGUUAUGGCACGGUGUGUGCAGCCUUGAACGGCAUACCGUCAGAGGUCACGAACAGAGCCGAGGAACUCAUUCUUCUUGCUGCUAGAGGAGAAGACCUGGUCGCAGCAUGUGCAAUGAUGUCAGAGAGCGAGAUAAAGGAUCUCGAGGAGGCAGAGGAUGUUGCCAGAGCGUUCUUCGCCAUGCAGAUUUCCGAUGAUCCAAAAGAGUCUUUGAAGGGAUUGCUUGGCAUCAAGUGA